AUGAAAUCUAGCGCAGUGCAAUUUGACGAUGUGAUCGUGGAAGCUAGAUGGGAUCCGCACGGUGGUCCUCUACCGCCCGAAGCGGAAUCGACGUGGCGCGCCGAAAAAGCCAGGCGGCGGUCCGCUGGAGGAAGUAGCAAUGUCGAAGGCAAAGAAGAGGAGGAGGAGGAGGAACCGGAUGAUGUUAGGAAUCAAAGACCUCCCGCUUGGCGUUUGCAUCGCGUAAGGGAUGAUAAGAGGGAUGGAAAUCAUCAUAGCGUGGUGCAGAAGAUUUUGAGAAGCAUAGAGGAUGGUGUGGAAGAGGAAGAGGUGAGGGUCAUCACGCUCCUUAGCCCCUUAUUUGGGGUUCAUAAGCCCACUUCUUCUCUGAGCUUCGUUCUGACCUUUCUUUUUUUCUUUUCUCUUUUUUUUUUUUUUUUUUCCCGACAUCUGCACUUCUUGCCUGCUCCCUCGCUCUCUCUCUCUCCAUCACAAAGCUGCUGGGCGCGAGCAUGGACAUCCGAACAGCGUGGAAAUCAGAGCAAAGGGAAGCUAUGCGAAGUGAGUCCCAGUUUUGCAAACAGAAGCGCUCCGCUCGCCUUUCUGGGGUGGCAUUUUGGGUCCAAGCCGUUCUUGUACCUCCCCUAGUCUCUAAUCGACCACCACCACCCCUUUUCUUUUUGUUUGCUCGUGUGCGCGCACGCGCCCCUUUUCCCCUUCCUGCAGAGGCUCUGGAGAGCGGAAAUGCACCUCCUGCUCCCGCAGGCAGCUCCAAGUAUUCCACCGACGAAUUGGGCAGAAGAAGAGGUCCUGGACCUCCGAUGCGCGGAGCACCACCCAUGGGCUUGAAGAGGAGGUGA